UCGGGGCUGAAUGGUGGACACAUUAGCGCGGCUCUCACCGGUGUAUUAACCUAACGGAGGCAGAGACAGAGACACGGUGACAGGAGAAAACAGUUGCACACGUUUAUUAAUUAAUUUCCGAGGGGACGACGGCGGAGAACAGAGGAAUCCUCGGCGGGCUCCACUUGCAGCGGCCCGGCUCUCAAACUACACCCUCCGCAGAUACAGCAGCAGCCACGACGGGGAGGGAGAGCCGAGACACUCGGCAACACCGGGAUGAGAGGACUCGGGGGAAGGGAGGGGGAUAAAUAAAACCUAAAACGUGGUCGUCAUUUUGCUUUUUAAUCGUCACUAUGCUGCGUGUUUUUCACAGUUAAAGCGGCCACUUGAAGCUGGGUAUGUUUGCGGUCGUCCGGCUGGUAACAGGAGGAUAAUGCGCAGAUAGGGCGUUUUUAAAGUCCGCCUUUUGUCGUGGACGCUCGGCUUGCUAACGUUAGCGUGCGGUUCUCCGGAGCUGGCAGGUUCACCGUGGUUUCGCUAGCGGGACUUUAGCCGAGCCUUCCUCGCCCCCAGCUCCUCACAUCGGAUGAGAUCUCACCAUCCAUCCCGGUGUCGUUAGGGGCCUCCACCGGAGAACUGCGUCACCGAGUGGGCACUGCAGGUAUCCACCUCUGAGUCUUCAUGCUGGGAAGUCAAGCCAUGGCACGAAUGACCUGGAAACCAAAGUGAACCAACCUUCAAAAUCACAAUGGAGCUGGAGGCUAAUUCAAACUCCGAGGCCCACCAAGAACUGAAAUAUCCAUCGGUGUCCAACUCUCAGUGUGAAUUGACCAUGGGCGACGGGAAUAUCAACCUGGUGGACCCGGUGGUGAGAGGAGGCAGCGACCCCAGUGCAUACCCUUCCUCGUCCAGCUACCAGAGGAAUGUGCAUCAGAGAUUCAUCAGGAGAAGCCUGUGGUUCUCUGACAUGGACGAGCAGACCUUCGAAGCACCCGAAUGUGACAACAGGAGUAAAAUCCUAAAUAUAAACCUGCGAACAAUAGUGGACAGGAAUCGGGGGACUACUUGCGGGAUACAGGAGGGGUCUGGCACUGAGAGCCAAGGCAGGCAGAAAGACAUUGCAACGGAGAGCGCCAGUGCUGAUGAGGAGAAGGAAAAAGGUGGAGAUGUGUUAAAUGUCAUUUGCAGCAAUGGUGCUAAAUCCGCUAUCAAGGCCUCCAGUGAGGAGACAGAGGAGGAGGCGGAGAUGAAGGCAGUCUCCACAUCUCCAGGAGGAAGGUUCCUCAAGUUUGACAUUGAACUGGGGAGAGGCUCCUUCAAGACUGUCUACAAGGGCCUGGAUACAGAGACCUGGGUGGAGGUUGCCUGGUGUGAGCUGCAGGAUCGUAAGCUUUCAAAAAUGGAGCGUCAGCGCUUUAAGGAGGAAGCAGAGAUGUUGAAGGGUCUUCAGCAUCCCAACAUUGUCCGUUUCUAUGACUUCUGGGAGUCCCCCCUUAAAGGGAAGAAGUGCAUUGUUCUAGUUACAGAGCUCAUGACGUCAGGGACGCUAAAAACCUAUCUAAAGCGUUUUAAGGUAAUGAAGCCCAAGGUGCUGAGGAGCUGGUGCAGACAGAUCCUGAAAGGCCUCCACUUUCUUCACACCAGGACCCCACCCAUCAUCCAUAGGGACCUCAAAUGUGAUAACAUCUUUAUUACUGGCCCUACGGGCUCAGUAAAGAUAGGGGAUUUAGGACUGGCAACACUCAAGGCAGCCUCAUUUGCAAAGAGUGUCAUAGGUACUCCUGAGUUCAUGGCUCCAGAGAUGUAUGAGGAGCAUUAUGAUGAGGCUGUGGAUGUCUACGCCUUUGGCAUGUGUAUGCUUGAGAUGGCCACCUCAGAAUACCCCUACUCCGAGUGUCAGAAUGCUGCUCAGAUUUACCGCAAAGUCACAAGUGGAGUGAAGCCAGCCAGCUACAACAAGGUCAUGGAUCCUGAAAUCAAGGAGAUUAUUGGGGAGUGUAUCUGCCAAAAGAAAGAGGAGCGGUACACCAUCAAGGACUUGUUGAACCAUGCUUUCUUUGCUGAGGACACAGGUGUGAGGGUAGAGCUGGCCGAGGAGGACGAUGGGAAAAAGGCCUCAAUAGCCCUCAAAUUGUGGGUGGAGGACCACAAGAAGUUAAAAGGGAAGUACAAGGAGAGUGGAGCCAUCGAGUUCACGUUUGAUUUGGAAAAGGAGGUCCCUGAGGUUGUGGCACAAGAAAUGGUGGAGUCUGGCUUCUUCCACGAGAGUGAUGCUAAGACUGUGGGAAAGUCGAUCAGGGAUCGCGUGGCACUGAUCAAAUGGAGAAGAGAGAGAACGGUAUCUGCUGCAGUUGCAGUGGAUCAGAGUGAAGGAGGACAGAGGGUCCAGAUGACUCCAUCUCAGGGCAUCUGUGCUGGGGCUGCACACGUAGGACAGCCCCCUAUGCUGGAACCAGAAGAGCCUGAUGCAGACCAACACAACAGGCUGUGUAACCAACCAGCCAGUGCCACCUCAGUCACAUCAGACAGCACGCUCGACAGUGGCAUGGGCUCCACAGUGUACUCAGACUCCCACAGCAGCCAGCAGAGUGUCCUCUACCAGUCCCUACUGGAGCCUAUUACUAUGGCAACGCAGCAGCCUAGUUCUGCAGGGCAACAGAAUCAACAUUCUGUCCAAGGCCUGCCUUCUUCCAGCACAGCAAUGACCACACCACUGCAGUACCUCCAGCCUGGACACAGUUACCCUGCUGCUCCAUAUGCUGGUCCACCUAGUGCUGCUACACCAGCUCCAGCCGGUCAAUGUUCAGUCAACAUCCAGCAUGCAGGCAACGCUGCUGGCUAUCCACCUCCAAGUGUGCAACAGACCCAAGCUGCAGCACGUAUUUCAGCGUCAUCUGUGCCACAGAGUCACCAAGCAGCAGGCUACCAACAGCCAGCGGCAACAGCAGCUUUUUCUUUGCAAGUCCAACAAACAUGUCAGAACUGUGUGGCUCCCUCUCAACAACAGGCUCAGUCUACACCAGGAUAUCCACCUCCGGUUCAGCAACAGACUACAGCAUCAGCAGCCGCAGCAGCCGCCCUGCCAGCACAUCAGCCUCUUGCAUCUGUAGGUGCAGCUAUUGCAGCCCAGUGUCAUCCUGCUCAAGCUCCCAGCACACUGCAGCAUGUCCAAGCUGCAGUCAAACUGCCAAGUCAGCAACCUUGUCAGAGCUCCUCCACACCAGCACUUUACAACCAACAGAUCCCUGUUCAGCAAGAGCACAAACAGCCCUUACCACAAAACACUCAGUCUAGCAUACAAACACAGAAUGGUGGACAGGCUUAUAUUCAACCUCAGCUCCAGCUUCACCAAGAUACUGUGCAUCCCCUACACCAACAAAUUGCACAACCACCUAGUGGUUUUCACUGUCCCAGUCAGCAGCAAUUGCACACCCCAGCUCUACAGCAGAAAGCCAUGCACACAGCAAUUCCACAUCAAAGCCAGGAGGUGUCCCAGUCUACUGUCCAACAGGUUCAGACCCCAGCCUCUCAGCCUCAUCUCACUUCAACCUCAGCUGUGCAGGUUUCGGCCUCACAUCAGAGUUACCCUGCUGCAGGUCCACCUGAUGCUGCCUCUCAGAGCUUUGCACACUCUGCUCUCAAUGUUCUGCACCAACAGUCUGCUCCAGCUCAGAGCCAGUACCAAUCUGCACAGCCCACUGCUGCAUCACAGACCUAUGGAGGGGCUACUCAGAUCGUGACUCCUCAGAGCCUUCCUGCCUCAUCCCAGCAUGGCCAGGCUGCACAUAUUUCUCAACAGUUUCAACCCUAUCUUUGCAUCGCUGCUUUCCUGAAUCAGAAUAUACCUGCUGGACAGAGCAUAUCCCAGCUUGGACAAGACGGACAGGGCCAGUUCCCUUCCAGUAUGCUGACCCAGGCACUUCCCCCUCAGCAGCCAAUGGCUCAGGCUACUGUCCAUCAACAGUUCCAACCUUUGCAGAUAUCAACUUCUCUACCACCAACACACCAACCCCAGUUUCCUUCACAGUAUCCCACUGUCCAGGUGAUGACAGCUUUGACUGACUGUGAAUCCUCCUAUCCUUACCCCUACACUGCUCCUCACCCUUCAACCACCUCUUCUCUGAAUCACAUCUUUCUUUCUCCCAGACAGACUCUUCCAAUGACCCCCUCUGUCUCCCCUCUCUCCCCUUUACACAUUGAAAAUUCAUUAGUCUCACCCAUCCCAGUGUCCCUCAUACCUUCCCCCUCAACUGGGCUGGGUAAGAUGGAACCCACAUCCCUACAGCACCAGCCCAACACUGCUCUGAAGCAGAGUGUUAGAUAUGAAGCUCCUCAUUCACAACCUGCACUUAUAUCUACAUUAAACACCCAUCCCAUACACAUGCACAUUUCCCCUUCCCAAAACACACACCUUCCCACAAAUGGCAGCACUCAGCCUCUGAUACAGCAGGCCCAGGUCAGCCAUCCUGAGCUUGUCCCCUCUGCUCAGCCAGUGCAGCCUGCACUUUUCUCCCCACCUCUCUAUAAUGGGACUGAUCCAGGCGCAGCCACCACUGUUGCCAAUCUGGACAACAGCAACUCAUUCCAGCUGGCCUUGCAGGCCCAGAGUCAGGUUCAGAGCCAAAUUCCUGUGCUGCAGCCCUCAGACUCUCAGCAAGCAUCAUCUGGGUCUGCCAGCUCCAGUGUGACUCAGCAGAAACCUCUCGGUUCUCUAACAGGAGCAGCAGAGACCAACACGGAGGAUCAAACCACAGAGAAACACACUGCAGGACAGAGCUAUGACAGUGUCAACUCUGACGCCACGUCAGGGAAGGAGAUGAGUGACGGUUAUGAGGGGACACAUGGAGGCAAAGGUGAAGGGAAAGUCCGCAAACACCAUCGCAGGUCCACAAGGACUCGUUCUCGUCAAGAGAAAACAAGCAGGCCAAAACUCAGCAUGCUCAAUGUGUGUAACACUGGGGAUAAGAUGGUGGAGUGUCAGUUGGAAACUCACAACCAUAAGAUGGUCACAUUCAAGUUUGACCUGGACGGAGAUGCACCGGAGGAGAUUGCCACAUACAUGGUGGAGAACGAUUUCAUUUUACCUAUGGAAAAAGAGGUAUUCAUUGAACAGAUGAAGGACAUUGUGGACAAAGCUGAGGACAUGCUGAGUGAGGACACAGAGGGUGAGAGGAACUCUGACCAGGGAGGCAGUCCCAAACAGAGCGAAGGAACUGACACACUAGGAACAGAGGCAUCAGCGCCCAGCACCCCACAGCUGGUGUACCAACAAAACGUCCUCCAUACUGGGAAGCGCUGGUUUAUCAUCUGCCCUGUAGCUGAGACACCCAUGCCAGACAAUAAGAAGACUACAUCUCACGUCACUACAGCCCACGAGGCUGAAAACUCUGCUUCAUCAUCAGUCAGGCCCAAGUGCAACACAACUGCAGUGACUACCCCGGUCGCAUCUUUAUCUGCUCAAAACCCGCCCUCCUCCUCCCCCUCUCUGCCCCCUGCUGCUCAGAGCUCAGAACAAACUCCAGACCAAAACAUUGGCAAAGCUCGGGUCCAGCAGACUCAGCCCUGUGUAAAUAAACAUCCCAUUGCUGCUGCUGGUGUCAGACAUCAAAACUCCCUUCCUGCAGUAGAACCUUGCAUCUCUGCUGUCUCUUUGGUGACGGACAUGCCAUGCUGUGCUAUUGUGCCACCUGUCUCUUUGGAUGUGAAUGCCACUGAUAAAGGAGCAGCUGGAGGUUUGGCUUCUUCUCAGACUAAUCAGCCCACUGAGAAGGCCAGUCCGUCUGGAGAGCUACCUCCUCAGCUCACCUCCCAUCAGUCUGUGGUCCUGCAGCAACCCUAUGCCACGCCCAUGCAGCCUGGGACAGUAACCUCCCAGCCCCAGAGUCCAGCACAUCAGACCUCCCAGAACUCCCAGUCAUCAAGCCAGCAGCAGCCAGCAAGUGGGGGGCCAGGCGAGUCAGACAGUGAGGGACCACGCAGGGUGGAGUUUGUUGACCGCACCAUCAAGACUCUGGAUGAGAAGCUGAGAAACCUGUUGUACCAGGAGCAUGCUCCCUCCCAGCCUUCAAGUACGACAUCUGACCCCCAGGCCUCCAGCACAGAAGGAGUCAUCACCCCGCCAGUCUCGGAUGGCCAGAGCACUGAGGGAGGACUUGCAAAGAAGAAGGGGGACCCACUGCCUCAGAUUCUGGAGCGCACAGAUAGUGUGGGUGCACUAAGUGACUCUGCAGUGGCAGCUAACAGGGUUUUGAAAGGAAGAGAUGCAACUGUCAGCUCCACUUCAUACAGAUCCAAAAGCCGUUUUCAAAUCAUCCCCACUUGUCCAGAUGUUGUUUGUCGUUUAGAGAAAAGUAAGACAAGCUGCAGCACCUGCAGUUCUACAGCACCCUCAAGUGGUUCUGGAGGGUCUCACAGUCAGACCAAUGUAAAAGGCAGGACAGAGAAGGUUUGUGUGGCUGCUGGCAGAUCGUCUGUGGCAGCUGCAGCCGAUGAGGAGAAAGCAGGAACAUCCAAAACCCACGGUAGUAACCGCUACUCUGCCCCACCAAACCUCUACAGAGCCACCUCCAGUCCUGAUGUCACCCCGCACCAUAUUCCCCGGGCCCAGACCAUUGACAGUCCUAUGCAUAACAACUACCACCACCACCUCUACUCUGACUCAGCAGAUGAGGACAGCAGCAGCAUAGCUCUCCCUCCGGCCCACCCCGCUCCCCCAGCUCAUGCCCUGUCUGAGCACAGUGGUAGUGACCUCAUGAAGAGGGCAGUGGCCUUCCUACGGCGCACUGGUCGGAGCAAAAGUGAGCAGAGCUCCGAUUCACCAAGCCGACAGCCUGUGGCAAUGAAUGGUCAUGUGCCCUCGCCUUCAGCAGGACAUGCCCACUCCUCUUACAUCAGCAGUGACAACGACUCAGAGUUUGAGGAUGCAGAUAUGAAGAAGGAGCUACAAAAACUAAGAGAAAAACACAUGAAGGAGAUCUCUGAGCUGCAGGCAUUCCAGAGGGGUGAGAUUGAGCAUCUGUACAAGGAGCUGGGCAAAACUCUACCUCCCAACGUCGGUUUACUUCAUGCAGCACCCCCAAGUGGCCGCAGGCGUAGGGCCAGCAAACACAAGCUGAAGGCUGGAAAACUGCUCAAUCCGAUGGUGCAGCAACUCAAAAACAAUCUUAACGCCACCAUUGAGAGGAAAGGUGAGAGCGGUGCCAGUUCCUCCAGCUCCCCGGCUAAAAGUUCAAUUCUGUCCGAUGGCUCUGCCCACUCCAGCGGCAGCUCCGGCUCCAGCAGUCAUCCCCAUACUGCCCCAGAGCAGGUUCACACACAGCAACCCUGUUCCUUGAAGGGCUCGUUCUCCUCAGACAACAUCUACGCUGGUCUACAUGGUGAUGGAAUGGCCCCUCAAGCAGGCCCUGGCCAAGGCUGGACGGUUUACCACCAAACGUCAGAGAGAGUCACCUAUAAAUCUAGUAGCAAACCACGCACUAGAUUCCUCAGUGGACCUGUGUCUCUGUCCAUCUGGUCUAAUCUCAGCACCGCCGCAGCUCAGACGGCCUCCAGUCAGACACAGCCGCCACUCACCUCAGCCACACCCUCACCAUCUGCUCAGCCUAUUACACGGCUCGCUCAGAUCCAGACCAACAACAGCAACAACAAGAGAGGCACGUUCACCGAUGAUCUUCACAAACUGGUAGACGACUGGACGAAGGAGACUGUCGCGGCAGCCAAUCAGCCACGACCCUCCCUGAACCAAAUCAAACAACAGAGACGCCAACGAGAUCUGGAAUGCAAAUCUUACCCCCCCACAGGAGCAGCUGGACAUGAGAUGAAAUGCCAUGUUGGUACCAGCAAGUUCCAGUUGCCUCUUUCCUGCCCCCUGACUGCUGCUUUAGGUCCUGGUAUGCCUACAAGUCUAGCUCCCAACUCUGCAACCAUGCUCCCUCCUGGGUACCUCCUACCCACAGGCUCCUAUGGUGGGAUGGUUCCCGGUCCUCUUUACUCUCAGCAGUGGCCCGGUGUGCCUAGUCCUGUAGGGUCAGUGGGUCCUGUAGGUCUCCUCGGUGCUGCAAGAAUGAUGCCCUAUAACACGAUGGCAAACACAGGGAUCCAAACCUUCCCUCUUAUCACGCACAACCCUGAAAACGGCCCCUGUCCAAAAACCACUAGGACUACCUAAUCUAUGAACUACAACUUGUCAGUGUGUGUGUGCGGGAUAGUCCACCUCUGUUCUCUUCUGCUUCCCCAGAGCCACAAUUGUACAUAAUUUGAAUUUGUAAAUAAUAUGACGGAGUGUUAAUGUUCUUUAUACAACAAAUACUGCCAAUCAGCCACAACAUUGAUACCACUUGCUUAAUAUCAUGCAUGUCCCCCUCGUGCCAUCAAAACAACAACAACCCGUCGAGACAUGGGCUCCAUACAACCUCUGAAGGUAUCCCUGUGGCAUCAGACACCAAGACAUUAACAUCAGAUCCUUUGACAGAUGCAUCGGAUUGACAUCUGGGUUAUUUGAAAGUCAAGACAACUAUUUGAACCCUGUCAGAAGCCAAUGCAAUAAGGGAGCAUCACCAUGAAGGGUGAGCUUGGUCUGCCAAAAUGUUAAGGCGGGUGGUACUUGUCAGAGUAACACCCACACAAACCCAUGGUUUCCCAGCAGAACAUUGACCCAGAGCAUCAACUCACAUUUCCCUAAAAGAUGCAAAUGCACCGUCUACAUGAAGAAAACAUGAGAUCAGACCAGGCCUCCCUCACCAUUACUCUAUGUUCCGGUUCUGAUGGCUUUUUCAUUGAUGGACAGGGUCACCACUCUGACCGUUCUGUGGCCACAUACACAUUUAUUACGACAGCUUUCCAGUAUAGCUGUUGUUUGCAGCAAUUUGUGCAACAGUUUUUCUUCUGUGAGCUUUGAUCACACAAGCCUGCCCUCGCUUCACACAUGCAUCAGUAAGUCUUGGGUGCCCAUGACAACUAACCACUGCAUACUAGGAUCACCCUAAGAAGACCGUCUGCUUUUCACAAUCUGGCCCUCGUCAGAGUUGCUCAAUUUGGGUUGUUUGCUUUCAACACAUCACUUUCAAGAACUGACUGUUCACCUGCUGCCUAACGUGUCCCACCUGGUGUGGAAACCAUAAAACCUUUUCUUCACCUGUCAGAGGUUUUAUUGUUGUGGCUCAUUGGUGUAUAUAUGGACUUAAAGUGUGUGUGUGCGCGUGCAUGUGUAAAUAAGUGUGAAUAAUAUACAGUACUCGUCAAGUGUGUCUGAAUACCUAAUGCUUUUUGGCUUUGGUCUUUACUGAACUAAGCCAUACAACACAUUUUGUCUUUGGUCAAGAAAACCUAUUUCACUCUUUUCUUUGUUACUGCAGUUUUCACGUUGAUUUUUGCCUUUCUCUGUGUUAUGUACAAUUUAAACACUACAUUGGAAUCCAAAAAAACCCAGUGGAGUGAGAAAUGGUAACAAGACAGUAUUUACAGUGAAAAUAUUUGAAGGAAUGUAGUGCCUUGAACAUUGAUUUUUAUUUUUAUUUUCGUCUUAGAAACAAAGCAUGUCUGCAUCCAGGUUAUUUUAAUUGAUGGUAGCUUGAGUGCAGUUUCUUAUUUUUAAUGCAUUACAGACACUUUUGUUUUUGGUUUACAUAUUAAUGCCCUUGUAGAACUGCACUAUUAACACAGUAUAUGCUCUUACAUAAGUAAUAAAGUCAUGUUUUAACUUUUGUUUACUUUCCACCCCUGUGACCGAUGGAAUGCCAUAGUGGGGAGACGUACCGUUGCCUUGCAGAAACAAAUGGUUGAAGAUGAGAGGAUAAAAAAUAAUUACACAAGAAGCCAAAAUCCACUCUUUCAGGUCAAAUGGUUCAGUUGGACAUGGCCUGUUUUUUUCUUUCUUUUUUGGAAAAGACAGUGUUGUAGCCUUGUGCUCAAAGGAAAGGCCGUGUCCUGAGCCAUUUAUACUAGACAUAGUUCUUUCUACAGUAUAUAGCCUCUGGUAGUGUUCUGAUCAGAAUGUAGCAGUUAAUAUGUGAUGGCUUGAGGCUUAAAAGUGCAAUUUAACCCCUCCACAAAGCUUUGAUGGUGGCCUUGCCACAAGCCUUAUCUCUGAUGUGUGCAACAGGAGCAAGCUGAAAAGUUGAACAAAGACACAAUACAAGCGCGAGACAGAUAUUACCAGGCAAAAUAUAAAUACUAGAAAUCACCCAGCAAACUCUGAAUUCACUACUGCUAAAUGUCCUUUCAGCUUGGCUGUCCUACUACUCAGCAUACACUGUAUGUAAAAUGUUCUGUGCAAUCACCAGUCAAGUCUGAUGGUUUUAAUUUAUUUGAUGUUUAAAGCUUGAUUAUUAUUUUUUUGGAUGGCUGCUAUAGUCCGAGGUGAUUCCUCUGUAAAGAUUAGCAUUCGAUUCACACAUGGUACUUAAAAAUACAAGACUUCUAAAGUUUAAUUUACAAAGAGAAAUGCUCACAAUGCAGUGUUAUUAUUGCCUUGUUGAAAUCUUGGUAAUGUGUUGAUUUCCCAGGUUGCUUUUGAUGACAGCCUUUUAUUUUUUUGUCAGUUAUAUAUUGCAAAAUUCAAAUACUUGAUGUGGGAGAUUUGCACAACAGAUAGUCUCCCUUAAUUCUAACAUAUGUUAAAGUGUUUCCUAUUCUGUAUAUUGUGGGUUUCACCGCCUGUACUUUUUUAAAUCACUGACAAGUGGCAUGGCAUGGCCAACUUUUCAUGUUCCACAAAGCAAAGCUAAACAAUACAGUUGCUAUGGUGAAAAACUUCACAUCUCCACGACACAUUUUAAAGGUUUCAGCACCCCAAUCCUUCCAAGCUGUGAACUGUACAGUUUUCUUGUAGUUUAUAUUUGUACAUUUUGUUUGUUUGACUGUUCGAGGGUGGUGGUGGUGGUGGUGAUUAGAGGGAAUGCUUUGAUGUAUAUUAUUCCAUCAAUUCGGUUUGAAUUGGACUUUUAUAGGAUAUUAUGCAGAGUCUUCUGCUUUGGUGAAAUACUUCCAGUAGUAAGAGAUUUCUGUUCUCUGUCACUUGUAUCUGGUAAAUAUAUUUUGUUCCACCUCCCCCUGGCUGCGAACUUGUUAGCAGAGGAGGGAAUAACUAUUGUUGCCAUAUUCAUUUUGGGUGCAGGAACAGAAGACGAGUGGAGAAUCACACUUUGACACUUCCCACUCCGCUUGUCUCACUUGUCUCUGGACAGCAUUGCCCCCUGGUGAAUACGCUCUGAUUGUCAAAGGCUUGUAUUUAAACAGUGUGGGAUUGCUUCUGCCUGCUGUAUGACCCACUGCAUUACCCCCACCCUGCCCUGCUGCACUCUAAUCACAGACUGUAUGUUGAGAGAGAAAUAAAUAUUAUUUUGUGCUUGA